AUGCAUGAAAGGUCCGAUAAAAUAUCACCACGGUACAAAAUCAAGUUAAUUAUAUGGCUUAUGUUAUUAUUUAUUCUGGUUGGCAUGGUUCUUAUUGUAUUUAUACUUACAAUGUCAAAAAUGCAAGCGGUCUCUUCAACAUCGUUCCACACAUUGCGUCGCUUGGAGGGUCAUUUCCUUGUGACAGAAGGACCGCUUCUAAAAUUUGAUGGAAAGUUAUUACAAAAGAAUACUGACCAGUUUAUAAUACAUGCCAGCAAAAUACAACGACAGUUAAAUCAUAUCUAUCGACAAAGUGGUUGUAGACUAAUAUAUGUUGGUGCUGAAGUGACAAAGUUCAGAUUCGUACCAACAGUACCAGCUCUCGACGUAACAUUUAUCCUGAAGAUACGGUCUGACUUGAAUAUCGAUGUUUUCAAUUUCCUGUCAAUAUUAAGGAACUACGUGCGGGCACGUGGAUUUGAUGGAAAUGCAAUUGAUGAUAAAAGUAUCAGCCUUGAAAUUAAACGUUUUUGA